AUGGCUGACUAUGCUGAAGAAUAUUACUUCUUCAAUAUAAGUAAUGACUCGUAUUCUGAAGAUUAUCUUGACAAUGAAGACUGGUGUGAAGCUGACGACCACCAGGCUGACGUCAUCAAAACCUUCCAAGCUUGCGCUUUCACCGCCAUCUUCCUGCUUGGCGUUGCAGGAAACUCCCUGGUGAUCGCCACCUUUGCUCUCUACCGCCGCUUUCGGCUUCGUUCUAUGACCGAUGUCUUCCUGUUCCACCUGGCGCUGGCUGACCUCCUCCUGCUCCUCACACUCCCAUUGCAGGCCAUUGACACUCACAAGGGUUGGAUUUUCUCCUAUCAUCUCUGCAAGAUCAUGCGUGCAACCUACGCCAUCAACACAUACAGCGGGCUGCUGCUACUGGCAUGCAUCAGUGUCGACCGCUACAUGGUAGUAGCACGAGCGCAGGAAAUGCUCAGGCUGCGCAGCCAAAUCCUAACAGCUGGGAAGCUCACUGCUGUGGGGGUAUGGCUUGUUGCAGUGGCUCUAAGCAUCCCUGAAAUCCGCUUCUCGGGGGUUUCAAACCGCUUCUUUGGGAAUUCAAGCAACAAAACUGAAGCGUACUGUGUCAUGCAAGUAAGUGGUCAAAUAAGACUGGUUCCCAGUGGCGUGAUCAUCACCAUCUUCUGCCUGUCCCUCGCCAUUAUGGUGGCGAGCUACACUUCGAUUGCUCGAGUGCUGUGGGAAGGGCACGCACAUCGGCGAGGGAAGCAAUGGCAACGGCAGCGUACCCUGAAGCUGAUGGUUGCCCUGGUGCUGGUUUUUCUGGUAUUCCAGCUGCCGUACACUGCGGUGCUGUGUCGCAAAAUGUUUGGCCCGUUCUGUGGUCUGAUGUUGGAGUACGUCACCUGCACGCUGGCGUACACCCGCUGUUGCCUCAACCCUAUCCUCUACGCCCUGGUAGGCGUGCGUUUCCGUCAGGACGUGUUGAGGCUUAUCUACGAUUCGGGCUGCCCAUAUCGCAAUCUGGUCGUGCCACAGACGGUGAACUCCACAUCAAUCUCCGCCUCCUCACCUGCUCUCACCGUGCUUUCGGCAUGCUCUCCAACAUCUCCCGAUGGUCCCGUUGCCUUCAAGUUUUCGGGAACCAAAUAAACUCUGAGUGGACAAUGAACUGCUUUGCAUAUAUUGUAUUAUAUUGUAUUUUUUAUAUUUCGUACAGCUGUUAUGAAGA